GUAAACGAGGAAGAGGCUGCUAGCGGUAUUACAGUCAUAUUACAUAUCAUGGUUCAGGCCAGAGGAGAGCAUCUGUUCAUAAGGAGGUGGAGUCGAUUGAGUUAUAACGGUGUAAAGCAGCGCAACAACUACGUAUCUCAUUAUACUAGAGGAGUAGGGUACCGCGCCUUAUAUUCUACACCCUUAUAUCAAAGCAUACUAUUCGAUCUCGACUUGGGAAUAUGUGUUAUCCUUGGUCCAACGCAAGCCAAUAGAAUAAGUCUACAAUUAGGCGCAGACUGGAUUAGAGGACGAAAAAACUGUUGUGACAUCGUAGACGUGGCCGAUGUGGUUGGAUGGGUGGUUGUGAAAAAGGUCAUUGAUCCUAUCAUAAGCCUACGAAUGUAA